GUAAAAUCGGAUCGAACGACGCGCUGUCGUCGUCCGCACAAUAUACACUGCAACAAGGUACUCUUUGACAAUAUUUCACUUGAAUAUUAGCGAAAUCCUAAAAGGGAACCUAUAAAUAAAAAGAAGAAGAGUACUAUAUGCGUCGUUUCAGCCCUCUCCACAAAUUGGAAAGAUAUAGUUAGGACUAUUAGAUCUCGAGUGCCUUACUGUCGGUGAAGACGGUCUGAUGGUCAUCGCAUCUAAUCUUAUCUAUCUGUCGACACGUGUAAAGUCAGUUUGUGUGAUCGAAGAUUUUUUUUAAAAAGCAAUAAUGCCAUUACCUCCAGCUUUGGCUGCUCGCCUUGCGAAGAGAGGUCUUUUAAAACCUAAUUUGUUGUCAAACGACGAUCACACAGGUCAAAUUAAUGAAGAAAUAAUUGCCGAAGACUAUGACAACAAGCCUGAAGAACAGAAUAAUUCUAAAGAACAUUUCUGGGAAGGAAUAGAAGGUGUUAAUGUAGACCCCAUCAAAGGGCAUAAAGGCUGUCCCAACAAAAGCAAUAUUUAUCAUGAAUGUUCAAAGUUUUGUGUGAAAAAGUGGAAGCAAGGCAAAACAACUCCAGAUGAAAAAUAUUUGGAUAGUAAACGUAAAGUGUUGGAGUUGUGGCCUUUGCCGCCGGGUUGGGAAGAGGUGUAUGAUGAAGGUUAUGGUAGACAUUAUUUUUGGAAUGUUCACAACAAUUUAGUUUCAUGGUUGCCACCAUCGCAUCCAAAUGCUAGCACUUCUGAAAGUGCUGCACAUUUACGCGAGGAGAGGUUACUAAAAGAGGGUGACGAGAGUGACGAGAGCAGUGAGGCUUCAGACCAGGAAGUACCACAACAGCAACAGAAAGAGAAAAAAAGGGAUCGUAGAGAAAAAGAGCGUGAGAUGGUACAUCGAAGGGACAAGAAAAGACCGCGAGUUAAGGACAAUGAUUUGGAUCCAAUGGAUCCAGCGGCAUACUCUGAUAUUCCACGUGGAACUUGGACUUCAGGAUUGGAUGCUCAUGCUAAGACUGGGGUUGAUACAACAGCAUCAGGUUCUUUGUACCAAAUGAGACCUUAUCCAGCUCCAGGGGCUAUACUUGCAGCAAAUGCUAAACAACAGUCACCUCCGCCAUCUCCAUAAUACAAAGAAUUGUAGGGAAAUUUGAAUCAUUUCUUUGUAAUUUAUUAUAAAAGCAUCAUAGUGCUUAUUUUGCAAUAUGGACAAUAAAGAAAAUAAGUAUUACAAUCUUUUCUUUCAAUAUCACCUCCU